GCGGGGGCCGCAACGCGAGGCUGAAUCUCUUGCCCUCACGCGUUAGCUCAACGACCCACAACUGCACCACGUCGACCGACCUACUGUGCUCCGAGACGCCUAACGUGAAGGGCUAGACACAGCUUUCGCUUUAACACAUAUAACGGUACGAAAUGUGUUUGAAAGAUUUCGGUAUACUGCCUAACCUCAAAGCAACCCUCUCGGCCAAUAUACAUUUACAAUACCCCUCUUGUCGCUCCCCAAUGAGCUUCUCUUCCGCAUUGCCCAAUACCUGGAGUAUGCAGAUGAAGUGAAUGCUUACUCGCAGACCUGUCGCCUGCUUUAUCCGCUAGCCAAUCCACUAGUGUUCCAUCAUAUCCAAAAACGCCAAGUCGAGGUGAUGAUGUACGCCAUGGGCUCCGGUGACCAUGUGCUUCUGAAAAGACUCAUUGAAGCUGGGAUCUCCACCGAACUGUUUGGUGACCAAACUCAACGUGAUCCUCUCCGAGCAGCCGCAGGAUGGGGUCACAUAGGGAUCGUCCAGGUCUUGCUGGAUCUGGGCCAACCUGAUCUCAAUCGCGCAGCUUUAUACGACGAGUCGCCCAUUGUCCGUGCGAUUAUGAAUGGUCACCUAGAUAUUGCCCGUUUGUUAAUAUCUCGAGGCGCGGAUCCCAACUUCGCGGAGGGGGAUAAUUCUUUUGAUGCAUUUGCUGUUGGUCGGACACCACUAGAUUACGCAGCCAAGGAGGGGGGCUAUUAGAAGCCGCUGCUAAUUUGGAUCCUCGGGAUGCAAAUGGCUGGACUCCGCUUUUCUUUGCAGUGUCUAAUGGCUUCCUGGACGCGGUUAAACUACUGUUAAGUGCGGGUGCUGAUCCGAGGGUGAAGGACAACGAGGGCAAAAUUAUUCUAUUCCAUGCUGCGCAAGAAAAUCACAUGCAGACAGUCUCGUUUCUCCUUGAAAUUCCGGGGCAUUUGGACUACCUUUUAGACGAACUAGAUGGAAUUUAUCUCGCUUAUAUAGCUAGCGAGGGGAAAGGACAAACCGCAGAUUUAUUGCUGAAAUGAAUCGAUCUUAAUGCGAAGAUCGUGUCUUUGCCUGAU